UCUCUUUUCUUUUUUUGGUUAAAGUAGUACAAAAUGUCAAAAAUUAGAAGGAAGGUCACAGUGGAAAAUACCAAGACCAUAUCUGAUAGCACAUCCCGAAGACCCAGUGUAUUUGAGAGGCUUGGACCCAGCACUGGCAGUACAGCAGAGACACAGUGCCGUAACUGGCUGAAGACUGGCAACUGCCUCUAUGGAAACACGUGUAGAUUCGUACAUGGCCCUUCACCUCGUGGUAAAGGUUAUAGCAGCAAUUAUAGAAGGUCACCAGAAAGACCUACAGGGGAUCUUAGAGAAAGAAUGAAGAACAAGCGCCAAGAUGUGGACACGGAGCCCCAGAAAAGAAAUACAGAGGAGUCAUCCUCACCUGUUAGGAAAGAAUCUUCAAGAGGGAGACAUAGGGAAAAGGAAGACAUAAAAAUCACUAAGGAGAGAACUCCAGAAAGUGAAGAAGAAAAUGUAGAAUGGGAAACUAAUAGAGACGAGACUAGAGGCAAACGAGAUAGAGAAAAGGAUACAAGAGAAGAACGAGAAUAUGAACAGGAUCAGAGCUCUUCUAGAGACCACAGAGAUGACAGAGAACCUCGAGAUGGUCGAGAUCGGAGAGACACCAGAGAUACUAGAGACCGAAGGGAGUUAAGAGACUCCAGAGACAUUCGGGACUCCAGGGAGAUGAGGGAUUAUAGCAGAGAUACCAAAGAGAGCCGUGAUCCCAGAGAUUCUCGGUCCACUCGUGAUGUCCACGACUACAGGGAUCGUGACAGUCGAGAUACUCAUCGAAAGGAGGAUAUGUAUCUGGAAGAAUCCCUGUAUGUGUUAAACAUUUGUGUGAAUAUCCUUUGUUUAGGAAGUCGAGGCACGAGAGGUUCUCAAAUUGAGAGUCACGGUAGUAGUAGCAACUAUCAUGACAGCUGGGAAACUCGAAGUAGCUAUCCUGAAAGAGACAGAUAUCCUGAAAGAGACAACAGAGAUCAAGCAAGGGAUUCUUCCUUUGAGAGAAGACCUGGAGAGAGAGAGCGUCGUGACAACAGAGAGAGAGAUCAAAGACCAAGCUCACCAAUUCGACAUCAGGGAAGGAAUGACGAGCUUGAGCGUGAUGAAAGAAGAGAGGAACGAAGAGUAGACAGAGUGGAUGAUAGAAGAGAUGAAAGGGCUAGAGACAGAGAUCGGGAACGAGAAAGAGACAGGGAGCGGGAGAGAGAGAGGGAACGUGAACGGGAUCGGGAAAGAGAAAAAGAAAGAGAACUAGAAAGAGAGCGUGCUAGGGAACGGGAGAGAGAAAGAGAAAGAGAAAAAGAGAGAGACCGUGAAAGAGAUAGAGAUCGUGACCAUGAUCGAGAGCGGGAAAGAGAGAGGGAACGAGACAGGGAGAAAGAGCGUGAGCGAGAGAGAGAAGAAAGGGAGAGGGAGAGGGAGAGAGAACGAGAACGGGAGAGAGAAAGAGAGCGAGAACGGGAGCGAGAAAGAGCAAGAGAAAGGGAUAAAGAACGAGAACGUCAAAGGGAUUGGGAAGACAAAGACAAAGGACGAGAUGACCGCAGAGAAAAGCGAGAAGAUAUCCGAGAAGAUAGAAAUCCAAGAGAUGGACAUGAUGAGAGAAAAUCAAAGAAGCGCUACAGAAAUGAAGGGAGUCCCAGCCCUAGGCAGUCACCCAAGCGUCGGCGUGAACAUUCUCCUGAUAGUGAUGCCUACAACAGCGGGGAUGAUAAAAAUGAAAAACACAGACUCUUGAGCCAGGUUGUACGACCUCAAGAAUCUCGUUCUCUUAGUCCAUCACACCUCACAGAAGACAGGCAAGGUAGGUGGAAGGAGGAGGAUCGGAAACCAGAGAGGAAAGAGGGUUCAAGGCGCUAUGAAGAACAAGAACUCAAAGAGAAAGUUUCUUCUAUAGAUAAACAGAAAGAACAGAUGGAAAUCAUGGAAAGCUCAAGAACACGUGCACAGGACAUUAUAGGACACCACCAGUAUGAAGAUCGAGAUACAUCUGAUCGAACUCAUGAUGAAAACAAGAAAAAAGCAAAAAUUCAAAAGAAACCUAUUAAGAAAAAGAAAGACGAUGAUGUUGGAAUAGAGAGAUGUAACACAGAGACACCAUCUGAAGAUGUUCAAGUGUUUUCACCCAAAAAAGGACAGAAGAAGAAAAAUGUUGAAAAGAAACGUAAAAGAUCCAAAGGUGAUUCUGAUAUUUCUGAUGAAGAAGCAACCCAGCAAAGUAAGAAGAAAAGAGGCCCACGGACUCCCCCUAUAACAACUAAAGAGGAAUUAGUUGAAAUGUCGAAUGAUAAAGAUGGCUCUCUAGAGGAUACCCUGAAAAAAGAAGAUAUAGCAUUUAGUGACUGGUCUGAUGAGGAUGUGCCUGACCGCACAGAGGUUGCAGAAGCGGAGCAUGCUAUCAGCGCUGCUACUCCUGGUAGCACCCCUUCUCCUCUGUCUUCUCUUCUUCCUCCCCCACCUCCUGUGGCCACUGCCACCACCACAGCUGCUCCUGCUACUCUUGCAACUGCUGCUACUGCUACCACCUCCUUCAACACAUCUGCUACCACGAUUUCCACUUCUGCCACCCCCACCAGUACCGCCAGUGCUACUUUUGCCAAUGAAGACUCACAUAGAAAAUGCCACAGAAUGCGAUUGGAAAAAGUAGAGACACCUCAUGUUACUAUAGAAGAUGCACCACAUCGCAAGCCAGUGGAUCAAAAGAGGAGUAGCAGCCUUGGGAGCAAUCGGAGUAAUCGUAGUCAUACAUCUGGCCGUCUACGCUCCCCAUCCAACGAUUCUGCCCAUCGAAGUGGGGAUGAUCAAAGUGGUCGAAAGAGAGUACUGCACAGUGGCUCGAGAGACAGAGAAAAAACAAAAAGCCUGGAAAUCACUGGAGAGAGAAAAUCUAGGAUUGAUCAGUUAAAACGUGGAGAACCCAGUCGAAGUACUUCUUCGGAUCGCCAGGAUUCAAGAAGCCAUAGUUCAAGAAGAAGUUCUCCUGAGUCAGAUCGACAGGUCCAUUCUAGAUCUGGGUCAUUUGAUAGCAGAGAGAGGCUUCAAGAACGAGAUCGGUAUGAGCAUGAUAGAGAGCGUGAGAGAGAGAGGAGAGACACAAGACAGAGAGAAUGGGACCGAGAUGCUGAUAAAGAUUGGCCACGGAACAGGGAUCGAGAUAGACUGCGAGAACGAGACAAAAGGAGAGACUUGGAUAGGGAGAGAGAGAGACUAAUUCCGGAUUCUCUUGAAAGGGACAGGGACAGAGACAGAGACAGAACUUUUGAGAGUUCUCAAAUAGAGGCUAUGAAACGCAGUGAAGCAAAACUGGAGAGUGAACAUGAGCGAGACCUAGAAGGCACUUCCCGAGACUCUGUAUCUUUGGAUAAAGAAAGAAUAGAUAAAGAUCUGGGAUCUCUGCAGGGAUUUGAAGAUAUAAAUAAAUCUGAGAGAACUGAGAGUUUGGAAGGAAAACUUAAUGCAUGCUUAUUUUUAUUGAAAGAUGCAGACAAUCUUUUUGAACAUGAAUUGGGGGCUCUCAACAUGGCUGCGUUACUACGAAAAGAAGAAAGAGCAAGUCUCCUUAGUAAUCUUGGACCAUGUUGUAAGGCGUUAUGCUUCAGACGGGAUUCUGCAAUCCGAAAGCAGCUUGUUAAAAAUGAGAAGGGUACUGUAAAACAAGCGUACACGAAUGCUCCAAUGGUAGACAAUGAAUUAUUACGAUUGAGUCUUCGGUUGUUUAAGCGGAAGACUACUUGCCAUGCCCCAGGACAUGAAAAGACUGAAGAUAAUAAACUUACACAGUCCAGUGUCCAACAGGAACUGUGUGUGUCUUAAGAUUGAAGAUCAGUAUGACAUUUUUGGUACUAUCGUCCUUUAGUAGCGCAUAUUCUUUUUUAAAGUUCUUUGGUUUGAUAAGCAUUAUUAGUGACAAAGACAGGAAAAAUUUAUCAGCUACGCUAAAAGAGUGAAGAACUUUGAUCUUUAGAGACACUAGUUUUGGCUAACUUCAGAUUUUACAUCAAUUUUUACAUAGUACUUGAUACUCAUGCAAAAUAAUGUGAAAAUAUCUAGAUUUAGUAAUUUAUUUGGUACCUUCUGUUAAAACUGAAGAUUUUGGAAAAUGAUUGUCACUGCUCUUCCAGCCUACGAAUAUUUUUUAUUAAAUGGAGCCAUUUAUUUAUGUUCUGGAUCAUCCAUACAGAAACCACGAUUUUAUUCAGAAACAAUGUGUUCAUCAAAACAAUUGCACACCUUGUGCAGCACCAUGUUGUAUGGAACAUUUGAAAGGUAAUGCUGGUCUAGCGUGGUAUGUUCACAGGAAAAUCUCCAGCAGGAGAGAGACAGAAUAUUUUUUUUUCCUUUUGAAAGUUUUAAAAAAUUACUUCAUGGGUCUUUGUUUUUUUAAAUGUGCAUGCAUUGUUACAAUGUACAGUGUAUAGUCUUUGGAUUCUAAAUGAUUUU